UGCUGCCUCAGCUCGAGUUGUGCUCUACGGGGGAGUGAGUCUUCACAGUUCGUUGGAAUCGUUGGAACAUACAGUGUGAUUUCCUGAACCACUAUGGCACCAUGUUGGAAAAAUCACAAGAGUGCAGUAAAGGAAGGAGUUAUUUGCUUUGUGCUGGGAGCAGUGGGAGGAUGUGCAUUAGGAGCCACAGUGACUCCAGUACACCAGGCCAUGACUGAGAUUAUAUCAGGGUCACUACUGAAACCAAUCACUGACGGAGUGAGGACUGUGGGGCCACUGGGUUUGGGGACUUUACUGGGAGCGACUGCAAUAUCCACAACAAUGGCUUCGGCUGCAGCAGGAGUGACUGUGGCUGCUUUAGUUACUUUACUGCUCAUAACAAAACAGAAAAAUGAGUCUACGAGUGGAUUUGUGUGGAUUGCAACUGGGGUAGCUGCAUCCCUUGGCACAACAUUCUGUGGAGCAGCACUUGGGUAUAUUAUAGAGAAACACAUCAUGAGGUCUGGGAUUGUGGCACUACUCUGGGCUCUAGGGAUAUUCACUGCACUGAAAGCGUUCAUUCACAUUGUUGUACAGCUGGCAUUCAAGGAUUGGAAGUUCUGUAGCAUCAUUGUCACUGAGGCCGAAGAGCAAUGCUCUGAGAGACUGGACAUUUUGGAGGCUGAGCAGAGAGAGAAAGUUGCUGUGGAGAUUGAACAGAUGAUGAUAGCUUAUGAGACAGAUAAAAGCUUUGAUGGAAAGAGUGUGCAAGAUUUCAGAGCUGCCCAGGAGGCCCAGCGACAGAACAGAGAGGAACUAGAGAAACAGCGAAUGAAAGCAAGAGAGUUGACAUUGGUGCAAAGGAGCAUUAAGAAGCAUCUGACCAACAUCGUAGCCAAAUAUGUACAGCUUCUGACUUUCUCCAGCAUUCCAAUGACAGUGACUGCCACUGUAACAGCUGGGUUUGGAAUCUUUGGAUUCGGAGACUACAGAUUUGUUUUCGUUGUCCUAAUAGCCCUAGUCCUCUGCAUGGCCUUCAUGUUAAUGAGGUUGAUGCAUUUGAACUUCUGGAUGUUCACAGCCUGCAUUGGAAUGUUUGCCACAUUUGUCAUUGCUGUACUCACAGUGCAUGCAGGACAAGAAGCACUGGAGAUGUCUAUAAGAAUGCGAAAGGCUGGACAGGUGCUAAGUAAGGAGAACAUUUCUGCCACGAUGGACCACAAAGCUUCACUAGAAGCCAUAGCAUCAGGGUUUUUUGUAUCUAAAAUGUUCCAGAUUGCUUUAGGUGCCACAGUUGGAGGUCCACUGGAUCAGAAGGUGUUGGAUAAAGUUAUCGUGGGAGCAUCUAUUACAACUGUAGCUCUUCUUUCAGUUAUUGAAGCCUCAUUAGUAGCUCUCGGGAUUGGUGGUAUGGCAGGGGCAUUGAUGGGGGCACUAGGGGCAGCUGGGGUGUCUAUGGGGGCAGCUGCAGCUGUAGCAGUUCAGUGUUCCUCAUGGGCAGGGACCAUCAGCACCACAGCUGGGAUGCUGUUUGGAGCUUUAGCCAUUGGAAGCUGGGACAUCAAUAACAUUGCACUGCAGGUGCUUGUGGCCUACAUGUUUGCUAUGGUAAAUCCUUACUGACUGAUUUCUGGUGUAAGAACUGAGUACUUUAUCUAUAGCCCAGUGAAUGGUACUUAAAGAUUUACAUCUUCAGCUGGAGCUCAGUAUGGUGCUGCUCUAGUGCAAUUCUGAAUUUAUAUUAAACUUUUUUUUUUUUUUAAUCCUGUAGGGCCAUUUAAAAGUUCAACUACCAAAAGACCAGCUUUCAGUAAUCUGUGUUCAAAGUUAUACUCUUUACCACUGUACUGUAUCACGUGUGCUAAAGAGAGACUGAAUCACUUAUUCAGUACAUUUAUAAUCAUUUUUAACUGUAUGGAAUAAAUCUAUUUUUUAAAGACCU